AUGUUGCUUUUCCUGGUGUUUCUGGUGAAGCAAAUAGUGACUCUGAGCUGUCCUACGAGUGAAGCUUUCCUUGUUCCACAUGAGUGGUACCAACCUGGUGACCUCGUCAUUGGUGGGAUAGUGUCCAAUAUAUUUUACAACCUUUAUGAAAUUAAUUUUAAGGAUCAUCCUUUUAUAACAUCUUAUGACAUACCAAAAUCAUUUCAGAGAGUUAGGGUUGGAAAGCUGGAUCUAGAGGGUCCAAAAGGUAAUGAAUUUUCGAUUGAUGAAGAUGUGAUUGUCUGGAAUCCAGCUUUUAACCAGGUUCCUCCACUUUCUCGAUGCAAUGACCCCUGUUUCCCUGGAUCCUGGAAGAAAGGGAUUGAGGGAAAUCAGUUCUGCUGCUAUGACUGUGUUCCAUGUCCAGAAGGGAAGAUUUCAAAUCAAAAUGAUAUGGAUGACUGUUUUGAAUGUUCAGAAGAUCAUUAUCCAAAUAAAGAAAAGAAUGGAUGUAUCCUGAAAUUGCUGGUCUUUCUAACUUUUGAAGAAACCUUAGGAAUUGGUUUAGCCUCAACAGCUCUUGGUUUCUUCUUCUUGACCUCUUGGGUACUUGGAACUUUUAUUAAACACAGGGAUAGUCCCAUUGUCAAAGCCAACAACCGGUCCCUCACCUACACCCUCCUUGUCUCUCUUCUGCUCUGUUUUCUCUCCUCUUUUUUCUUCCUCAGCCAGCCUGGCAAAGUGACCUGCAUUCUCCGACAAUCAACUUUUGGCAUCACCUUCUCAGUGGCCAUUUCUAGUGUACUGGCCAAAACCAUCACUGUGGUUGUGGCUUUCAUGGCCACUAAACCUGGAUCUCAGAUGAGGAAAUGGGUGGGGAAAAGAUUGGCUUUUUCUAUUGUCCUCUCAUGCUCUCUCUUACAAGUAUGUACUUGUAUACUUUGGUUGUCGACAUCUCUCCCAUUUCCGGAGGUGGACAUGCAUUCACAGCCCCAAGAAAUGAUUUUACAAUGCAAUGAGGGUUCAGCUCCAUUCUUAUACUGCGUCUUGGGCUACAUGGGCAUCUUGGCCAUUGCCAGCUUUAUUGUGGCUUUUCUUGCCCGUAAAUUACCUGACAGUUUUAAUGAAGCCAAGUUCAUCACCUUCAGCAUGUUGGCCUUUUGCAGUGUGUGGAUCUCCUUCUUUCCAGCCUAUCUGAGCACAAAAGGCAAAGCCAUGGUAGCUGUGGAGGUCUUCUCCAUCUUGGCCUCCAGUGCUCCAUUACUGGGAUGCAUAUUCCUGCCAAAAUGCUACAUCAUUAUUUUACGGCCUGACCUCAACCGCAGGAAGCAACUUAUUAAGAGAAAUUAG